AUGUCUCAGGAAGCAUCUGCGCCGGGCGCUGAAACUCCGAAAAAGCCUGGUGCUGGCUCGGCACAAAAAAAGGUUCCGAAAAAACACGAUGAGGAGUUCUUGUGCAAAUGGGUGGGGUGUACCGAGAAUAGAUUUCGAUCUUUAGCUUCUUUGGUCAACCAUGUUACCAACAACCACUUGGUCCAAGUGGCACAUCUCACUCCUUCGACACCCAUACGCUAUAGCUGUCAAUGGGAGGGCUGCUCACGAUUUGAUGUGGAACAACCUUCGCGUUUCGCUCUCAUUUCCCAUUGCCGGACGCAUACUGGUGAGAAACCCUACUUUUGCCCUAUUCCUGAAUGUGAGAAACAUUUCACAAGAUCAGAUGCUUUGGCUAAACAUGUCAAAGGAGUACAUGACUUGCAUCAGCACCGUGACGCAAUUGGACUUAUGCGAUAUCGUGCUGACAAGGGUAAAUCUGAGUUACCUUCUGACAUGGACUUGGACGCGAUGACCGAUGAAGGAUAUGCUGAAACUUUGAAUAGAGACUACGAGCUUCGCAUGCCAUGGUGGUCUUCGAAACGUUUUGCGGACGCACUUCAGAAUACCAAUCCGUCUCUUUCUCUGCUCUACAACCAGCCUCUCGAUAUGCGACAAUAUGAUGUUGCCAACUCAAGAUACAAAAAAAUCAUUGCCAAUCCAGAGGAAGAGCUCCUUGGGAGUGGUUCUUCAGAAUUGUAUGAGCAAGCAAAAGAGGCCCUUACGGAAUAUCCUGAAACUGCAAAUAUUCCUUUAGGAAAUAGCCUAAAUGAAUUACGCGGGGCCUACGAAAAAUUGCAAGCAAUCUAUUCCACCGCAUGCCGGGUCAACAAAACAGUGAAGAAGAACCUUCUGCUGGCGAUGGAGGAGAAGCGCAGGUUAUGGGUAACAAGCCAGAUUCUAUUAGAUGCGAAUAUUGAGGUCAGUCUUCCAGGAGAGCACGAUUCAGUUGCACGUGAUGGUUUGGAUGAAGACUUAUUGCUGGAGGGUUUUAAUAAGUAA